CUCAUCUGUGGUAGGUAUCAGCAACACAGAGCCUCCCACAUUCUUCUGGAUCUCAUCUUAACUCCAUUUGAACUAAAGCCUGCUGAUCAUCAUGGCCUCUAGCAUCUCUGUGAGAAGCUUCUCUAUGAACCGCCCCUCGUUUUCCAGUCGUUCACUGAUGGACACUGGCCGGACUCGGUCCAGAGCGUCUGUCUCUUUUGCUGCAUCCAGCCCGCUGACCCGUUCAGCCUCCAUCAGCCAGGAUCUCAACGGACCAAUGAGCCUCCAGCUGAAUGGACUGCAUGGCAACAGCACCAACGACAAGGAGGCCAUGCAGAGUCUCAACAGCCGCCUGGCCAACUAUCUGGAUAAGGUGCGCUCACUGGAGCGCUCCAAUGCCGACCUAGAGUUGAAGAUCAAGCAGCUAAUGAUCGAGCGCAUUCCCAAAGGUCAUGAUCUUGAUUCAAUGAUGGCCCAGGCGCAUGCUGUUGAGCAAGAGGUUAGGAAGAAGACCUUGGAAAACGCUCGUCUCAUGUUGGAGAUCGAUAAUGCUAAACUGGCUGCCGAUGACUUCAGAAUCAAAUGGGAAACUGAGUUGGUGAUGUGUCAGUCUGUGGAAAGAGACUGUGUUGCCCUGAAGAAGGCUAAGACCGACCAUGAGCAGAUCAUUGCUUCUCUGAGAGGAGACUUGGACAGCCUUAAAGAGGAGCUUUAUUUUCUCAAGAAAAACCAUGAGGAGGAACUUGAGCAGGUGAGGUCUCGCAUCGCCAGGGACGAGGUGAACGUUGAGGUGGACUCUGCCAGUGGGCCGGAGCUGGGUACCAUUCUGUCUGAACUGCGCUCCCAGUAUGAGGGGAUCGUUAAGAAAAACAAGGAGCAGGCGGAGCAGUGGUAUCGCAAGAAGCUGGAGACGGUGCAAAAUGAGGUGAAGGAGAGCAAUGAGGCCUUGAGGGGAGCCCAGGGAGAGCUGACUGAGAGGCAGCGCUUCCUGCAGACGCUGGAGGUGGAGCUGGACAGUCUGCACAAACAGAUUGCAGCUCUGGAGGGUAACCUGGGUGAGACGGGUCAGACGUAUUCUGCUGAGAUGGAGCGGCUGCAGGUCACCCUGAGCCAGAUGGAGGACAACCUCUCCCAGCUCAGGCUGGACAUGCAGCGUACCAAGACCGACUACGAGCAACUUCUGCGCAUCAAGCAGAACCUGGAAAUGGAGAUUGCUACCUACAGGCGUCUGCUGGAGGGAGAGGAAUCAGCCAAAGAGGUUCUUGCUCCACCAAAAAAAGAGCCAGACGUCCGCACCAGAAAGAUUGUGAAGGUGGUGACUCAAACGAUGAUCAAUGGGAAAGUGGUGGAUGAGUCCAGUGAGGUGGAGCAGAUUGAGGAGACAAAGAAAUAGAAGAAGGAAAAAGAAAGUUAUUUAAAAAAUGCAUUGUUUGCAAAAGAAACAAAAAAUAAUAGAAGACAACAGUAACACCAUGUUAGCCAACAUUUAUUAGUGGACUGAGGUUCAGCUUUACAAGAAAAAAAGUAUUUCGAAUGAAUCUUUUGUGGAGCAUGUCUUGACUAUAUAUGUUCUUUUCUUUUAGAGAAAUGUUACCAAACAUUGGCUAAUUGGUGACACUUUAAUUUUUUAAUAUCUGAAUAACAAUACAGAACUACAUCUAAAUAUGUGUUUUAACUUUCAGCUAAAUCUGUGUGAGAGGACUUGACUUACAAAUAUGUUAUGUUUUACUUAGAUUUAGGUAUUUAUUUCCUAGUGUGGCUAAGUUGACUUUAAUUUGAUGCAUGGAUUUACCUCCUUUACUGAAAUAAUGUUUAUAUAUCUUUGGUGUUUUUUUGACUGUACUCUAAAUAAAGGCAUUCUUAUAUUCCA